GCCGGAAAACGUAACGUGUUUUAUCGAUUUCGUCGUACGUGGGUCGGCCAUGUUCGCGUUUGCCAUCGGUCAGGCGCACUCGCGUCCUACCUACCUCCUCUGUAGAAGAGCCGUGCCACGGAUAGAUUUUCCACCGUUCUACCAUCGUCGUGGAUGUCGCAAGGGCGUUCGACGACAAAGACGAAGACGAGGUGGAUGAGAACGAUGCGUCUCUAAACGCGAAAUAACAUUUGUGCGAGUUAUCAAUCUUCUCCAAUACCAUCGUUUAUAGUUUUUUCCUUCUUUCUCUGUCCGUCUAUUUCUCUAUCCAUCUAUCUCGGUCCGUCUACGUCGAGAGAGAAUACAACGACGAAGUAUCCACUACUACGAUCUUUUCUUUUAACGUCAUUUCGAAUCGUGCGGCACAACGACGGGGUGGAUCCUUGGGCUGGUGGAGAUAACGCACUAAAUAAAAAAUCACGUUUGAUAAGGAAUAUUAAAUUACUUUUGAAUCGUCUAGAAAAUGCCACCUGUUAAAAGAGAAGCACCAUCAGAACCGGCGCCUGCAGCAGCUACCUCAGAAAAUGUGGAAACGCAAGAGGAAACGUCGAACCUUCCGCAAUUGACGUUGAAGGCGAUGACGAGUACCGAGGAAGCAGUAAGAAGCGAGACAGAAUCGGAAGUCACGACGGAAAGUACGAUGAAAAAUUUAAAGGAUCAACUCGGAACGUUAUCGAAAGAUUUGGCCGAAGAAAUGGGAAUACCAACGUGGGGCUUGGUCGCGAUUUUAAUAGCCGUCGGCGUAGUCGUUCUUGGAAUUUGUUUCUGCUGUAUAAGAAGAUGCUGUCGCAAGAGACGUUCCAAGGAUGGCAAAAAGGGCCUAAAAGGAGCGGUAGAUUUAAAAUCAGUUCAGUUACUUGGAAGUACGUAUAAGGAUAAGGUACAGCCGGAUAUGGAAGAACUCACGGAUAAUGCGGAAGAGCCCGACGAGGCUGAAAGCAAGCAGAGCGAAGUCAAACUCGGAAAGCUUCAAUACAAGCUCGAGUAUGACUUCAAUUCAAACAGUUUGGCAGUGACGGUGAUACAGGCCGAAGAAUUGCCAGCUUUAGAUAUGGGCGGCACUUCGGAUCCUUACGUAAAGGUAUACUUGUUGCCCGAUAAGAAAAAGAAAUUCGAAACGAAGGUCCACAGAAAGACGCUGAGCCCAGUCUUCGAGGAGACGUUCGUUUUUAAGAAUGUACCGUACGCGGAGGCCAUGAACAAGACUCUGGUAUUCGCGAUUUUUGACUUUGAUAGAUUCUCGAAGCACGAUCAAAUCGGUGAGGUGAAGGUACCGUUGUGUCAGGUCGAUCUCGCACAGACCAUCGAGGAAUGGCGAGAAUUGCAGAGCGUCGAAGGAGAGGGUGGACAGGAUAACAAAUUGGGUGAUAUUUGUUUCUCCCUGAGAUAUGUACCAACGGCUGGUAAACUCACGGUAGUCAUCCUCGAAGCUAAGAAUUUAAAGAAAAUGGACGUUGGUGGCCUCUCGGAUCCUUAUGUCAAGAUCGCACUCAUGCAAAAUGGCAAGAGGCUGAAGAAGAAAAAAACAUCCAUAAAGAAGUGCACUCUUAAUCCCUAUUACAACGAAUCGUUCACUUUUGAAGUUCCCUUCGAGCAGAUCCAAAAAGUGCAAUUGGUCGUAACAGUAGUGGACUAUGAUCGCAUUGGUACUUCGGAACCGAUCGGCAAGGUCGUAUUGGGAUACAACGCGAGUGGAACGGAAUUGAGACAUUGGUCGGAUAUGUUGGCAUCUCCGAGGCGUCCAAUUGCCCAAUGGCAUACCCUCAAGGAUCCCGAGGACGGAGAUAAGAAGGAUUAAAUUGAUUAAAAGAAUAUCCAAUCGAGGUAACGUCCUUCCUCUGCUACACCUAACCAAAGACAUACCAAAACUUUCUAUAAGAUGGACUCAAGAGAUAUAGACGGCGCCUACACGCAUACCACAUCCACAUUAUAAUUUCUUUCGAAACGAGAUCCGAGAAAGCGUUCGAGAGAUGCGAGAACUCUGACUGUCGAGAGAAUUCGUUGGCAAUAACUGAUCGUUUCUUUGCAGGAAUAUAUCGCACGAGAGAGACAGAAUAAAAGGAAACAAAAAUGUGUGAGAGUGAGAGAGAGAGAGAGAGAGAGAGAGAGAGAGAGAGAAAAUUAUGCAGAAGAAAAUAACAUGA